GGUUGACUUCGUGUAGUUUGUGGGCUGUUGAUUUGGUUCGUUGAUAUGAUUGCAGCGCCUGGGCGACCCGGAGUAAAUGUGGUGGGGUCGUGCCCUCAACCAGGAAUUAGGGGGAGACCCCUCACUCCGCAAGCCCGGCUGGCACAGGCAGCGCUAACGAGAAAUCAAGCCAAGGCCAGUACCAGCCAAGAGCCUCCAAGGGGGGAACACGAACCAGGGAGAAGGAAGGAGGCUGUGGAAGUAGAGGACGACGAUGACGAAGAGGAAGAGGACGACGAUGACGAAGAGGAAGAGGACGACGAUGACGAAGAGGACGAGAGGCUGCGCAAAGAAGAGGAUCAGAGAGCGGAGCAGCGAGCAAGGAAAAAGGGGAUCAGGGGAGAGGCCGAACCGGAAAGCCUAGACCAGUCAGACUCGUUGAACCCGGCAGGGAAUGUGGACGAAAUACCCGAGAGCCAGGACGACGAGUUCGAAGAAGGGAAAAUUAAGGAGGCUUUCCGUGUAGAGGAGUACGACGGGAUCUACCUAAAGCUGGGGCUUCUUCUGUCAUGUGAAAUGCGGCUAAGAGAUGCGAGCGAUAGGGCUCAAAGGAUGCUGCAACGCUACUUAGUGCGAGAUGGUCACCUUUUCGUGAGAAGAAAAGUGGGGAAUCCCAGGAGGGUCUGCGGUAGAAAUCGUCAGAUCGACGUCGUAGCAGCACUACACGAUGGCAUUGCAGGAGAGCAUCGAGGGGUACAAGCCACGUAUGCCAAGAUAAGUGAGCUGUACUACUGGGAUAGAAUGAUGGACAUGGUCGGAAAAUUCUGUCGAUCUUGCGUACCCUGCCAGGAGAGAUCCCGUUUAAGGCAGGGAGAGCUGCUGCAUCCAAGGUUAGAGCGAGAGGUAGGGGCCGUAGUGCAUCUCGAUCUGCUUUUUAUGCCACUUGGGGAUCAGGGCUAUAACUAUAUCUUCGAUGCGCGCGAUAACCUGUCUAGGUUCGUAGACGGGCGAGCUAUUCGCACAAAGACCGGGUCAGUCCUGGGAGAGCAGAGGCAGCCAGGACAGGGAUUGCCAGGACAGCCAUCUGCGACAGAGCCUCGUCAGGAGCCGCCUAUGGGGAGAGUUAUCCUGGAGCCAGAGGAGGCGAGAGCCCAGAGACAGGCAGAGAGAGAGACGUUCGAGUUUAGAGCCCCUACUGAGCUCGCGACGCUGCCGGUGGCGGCGGCAGGCCCAGUCGUACCUUUGGCAGUAGAUGAGGGGCUGCCACCAUCUAGCAGUGAGCCGGCUCAGGGUUCGGCAGAGGGAUCCAUGGGCGUGCUCCUUGAGAUGGUGCAUACUAUGCAGGAGGAGGUGAGUUUGUUUUCACCUGAGCAGAGGAUAGAGGAGCCUCUUGAGAGAGAGAUGGGGAUUGAGGAGGAGGGUGCCAUCGAGGGCAGACUCCAGAGGAUAGGCACACCUGAGUAUGGACCAGAGGAGAUUGAGGAGCAGCCCACGGCAGUGCCAGGGGCGGCACUCGAGAGGAGGCCUCAGAGGUUGGACACGCCAGAGUACGUUCCAGCGACAGAGGAUUUGAGAGGCAGACUAGGAUUUUGGGCUACUGGAUCUCGGUCUGGUGGACCAGUUCCGGGGACAGAGCGGCAGGAAGUCGUUGGUACCGCAGCUCCUCAAGCAGAGCUGCAGGGGGUUAUCAGUACCUUGGCAGGAUCUCCUUCAUCACCACCUCCUCAGCCCAGGAAGAAGAAGUUCAAGAGGAAGGUUGAUCAACUAUGUUUCUACUGCAAGAGGAGCGCGCAUCAUGCUUUGGACUGUCUCGAGUUUCUUGAGGAUAAGGUAGCAGGGAAGAUCUUAGAGGUAGGGGGUAAAAUGUAUAAUAGAUAGGGUAGGAUUGUAGAGAAGUCCGCAGAUGGACUUCGGGCUCAAUUAUAUAGGCAAAAUCAGGAGGAGUUGAGGAGGUAGGGCCGGCCUUAUCUAUAUAAGCGAGCGAGCAUUUUGUGA